AUGCUUGACUACUCUGAGGACAAUACUGAUGAUGAACAAGAAGAACUGCCUUAUGAUGAUGAUGUACAAAAAAUAUUUCAACAUAACUGUGAUUUACAAAAUGUAAAGGAUUUCAUUUCUAUAGAAAACACUUUCUCCUUGCCAUUUCCACAAAUCAGCAGUCAUUCAGAAGAAUCAUCAAACUGUCACACACAACUGCAUCAAAGAAUAAAGGUACAUCUACCAUCAUCUCCAAGGAGUAAUGGCAUUGAAAUUGCUAUGGCAACAGGGAAGGAAUUACCAGCUGGGGAUUUUAACAAUUCAGGAAGAAAUCCAAAUUUCUCCAGCUCAAACAUUUCAGAUGUCCUUUUACGUCAUUUUCCCAAAGAAGAAUUAUCAAGUUCUUGCCAAUUAAUUGACUCUGAAACUAUUCCAGAGAUAUCAUAUACUGAAAGUUUUGAUGAAACUAUCCUAAAUAAAAUUAAAAUAUCAGAAAAUACAAAGAUCUCUUCUUUAAAAGAAAAUAAUAAUCUUGAAGAGAUAGAAAGAGAAGACAAAUGUGAAUCAAUUGAUAAAAGUUGGGAUUUGAUAGAAGAAAAGCAAUUUGUUAUAGAUAAGAGAGUGAAUUUCAGUUGUGAGCUAAAAGACUGCAAAGAAGACAAUCCACAUUUUAUAACUCAAAACGAAGAUACAAUGAAUGAAGAGUUAGGUUAUUUUCCAAAUCUAGAAGAAGAAUACCAAGAGCAAAAAUGUUUUCUGGAAAUGUCUGGUUCUUCUCAUAAAUUCAAAUAUGGUCAACAUCAGGUUAAUUAUCAGCUUCCUGAUUUCUCUAAAGUUCCUCCAAAGGUCAAAAUACCUAAAGGAAAUAAUAAUAAAUCUACACCUAUAAUAAAGAGAACCAAAUCUUCCCCAAAUUUGCUUGGUAAAUCAACAAUUGUGAAAGACAUUCUAGAAGAAAUGAAUUAUUUGGAUUGUGUUGCCAUGAAGAAGCAAGAAGAGAAAAUGAGAAUUCCUGAACUUGACCAACAGCUAGAGUUGCUGACAAAACAAGCUGAGGUUCAGAAUCGUAUUGAUCAUCAACGGUUUAAUACUAAGAUACUUCCUAGCCCAAAUUCUUGUAGUCCAAAACUUGGCAUUAAAGCAAGAGGUGGCGGAAUAACGUCUGAAAUUUCUACAGUUCCACCUGUUACAGUUCCUGUGAAGCCCAUGCUUGGCUUUUCUCAAACUUCUGUUUUAGAACUGCCAUCUAGAAGAAUGGUCUCACCCUUACCAUCAGCCGGUGCAUCAGCUGCGAGUCCUCCUCCUUUAUUACAAAAAGCAACAGGAGAAACAUUCUCUCAGAUGUUAAAGGAACAGACAGAAAAGCUGAAAACAAAAGUGGAAACGUUUUCCAAAUAUUUGGCGCAAGAUGUGCUUCCCGUUGAAGAACGCCAUCAGAUUUUAAAUCUGUUAAAAGAGCAUCUCGACCAACUGGAAUGGAAUUAUUUAGACACAAAAGAGAAGCAUUGUGCCUUACACCUCCACAAUUACAGAUACUCAUCAACAAACACUGGAGAGUUUGAUCCUGACAGGUCAGUAGAGGGAGAAAUAUUUAAACUUGGAAUGCUGCUAGAAGAUAUCAAAGAGAAAAUUGAUAAGAUGGGAAGCCCAAAUUACUCAACUUCUGCAACCUCUCCCUCACUCACACCAUGUGAAUCUAUGUGUUCCUGUUAUUCUAGUGGACCUGAGAGUCCAGUGAUUUCAGGCAUUAGUGAGCCUCCAUCAAAGACUGCUACUGGAGUGAAUAUUUUUAAGAAUGAAAAGUAUGGAGAAAAUAGAAACCAUCCUGUGGAAGUGAUUCCCCAGAGGAAAUACCAGCAACCAACUCAAAGUGACAGAUGUCGUCCUAUUCUUCAGAACCAACUAGAACCACAAAAGAGAACUGUCUAUGAACAAAGAAUAGUGGAGCCUCUGGAAGAAUCAAGACUGCCAGAAAACAAGCAAUCUAUCUAUUGUUGCUACUUUUCAUCUGACAAAGACACUGGUGGGUUACAAUCCCACAGGCAAUUGCCAACGAAUCAGAAUGAUAACAGUGAUCAAGAAAACACAGAUGGCUAUUGGGAAAUGAAAUCUCCACCUCCAGUCAAUCAGGAAUGUAACACCACUAAUCUAACAUUAUUGAAAAAACAAGGAAGCUUAACUUAUCCUUCAGAUCACUGUUUUCUUGAGGAACUGGAAGAUUCUGCAAAGGAACAUAAUAUAAUUAUACAUCCUAGGCUGAAAAUACAGUUAUCAAGUAAACCAAAUAAACAAAUUUAUUCCCCUUCUUCCAGUAGAAAUAAAAAGACAGAGUACACAAAAACAAAGGCAGACAGUGAAAGAUUCUCAAUCUUCUUGGAAGGAUCAACAGUGGAUCUAGAUGCAUCAGCAUUACCACAAAGAGAUAGGAAAUCCCAUUUUCACACAGAAAGAAAGAGAAACAACUUUGAGAAGAACAAUGACUGCAGUAUUGCUUAUUCACACGAGAAAAGCCUUGCCCUCCAAAGAUUUUAUUUCAAAAAACAACCAGAAGAGUUUAUAUAUAAACUUUCUGACAGACAAAACCUACAUAUUCCCAAAACUCACUACUCAAGGAUGUAUGACACUAUUAUCCUUUCACCUCACUACCUUGACAGUAAGAAUACCCAUGGAAGAUCAAUGAGUGAGCUGAGAAACAAGCAUACUGAAGACACAGAAUCAAAGAUCUUAAACUCCACUUUGGAUCACGUUAUACAGACUGCAAACAACUUGAAGAGAACCACAGAACACAUGGUGCAAGUUGUUUCAGAAGAUUUAGCCAGGGCUAAAACUCAGACAUUUCCCAGUGUUACAGCUAACCAGUACUACAUCUGA